AAUAAGUUCGCGCGAGAUUUCUGAAUGUGUGUUUUUAAUCUUUUGGGGGUGUUCUUCUUCCUCCUUGUUUCUGAAGCUGCCCUAAAUUUGUUGCGGCUGCAGUCCUAUUUCUAGGAAGACCGCGGUAAUAGGUAGUCGUUUUAGCGGUGACCUUUCAUUCAGAGUAUUUAUUUAUGAAUUGAUUCAAGAAACUUGGCAGCUAGCGAAAGACUAGGGCCACCUUCUUCGUUAGCUAGCUACGUUAGCAAUAGCGGCCAGUACUGGCAGUAGCUAGUACACACAGGUGAGUGGCCUCUCCCAGGCAUUAGCUAGUAGCUAGCUAGCAACAUCUGGGUGUAUCCUACAGAAAGAAGUCCGUUUUCAGUGGAGUAACCUUUUUAUUUCCUGUACGAAUUGUAUGUAUUCAUAAUAAACCGACCACAUCUAAAUAUUGCAGCGAUUUCCCUUAUCGGAUUGUAUCCAUCUAAACUAGCUAGGUACGUUAGCAAGCUAACUAAAUGGCGUCAGAUAGUGACACAGAGGAAUUCUACGAUGCUGCUGAAGACGUAAAUUUUACUCCAUCUCCUAAAGUGACACCUGCAAAGUUUGUCCUUCCCAUACCUCAGGGGGUGGUAGAGAGCCCACCAGAGGACGUGGCUGUUGGGCUGGCCGCACCUGAGGCACGCCAAGAUGACUCCAUUCAGAUCAUCGACAGCAUCAUUGAGGAGAGCCAGAAGGGAAGUGCAGUGGAGGAGGAGAGGAAUGUUGAUACAAGGGCAGAGUCAGAGGUGAAGGACAAAAAUGUGGCCCCUGUAGAACGAGAGCAUCCUGCUAUUGAACCUCAGCCUGUGGUUGAGAGAUCAGAGCAGCCACAGGAACAGCAGGAAGCGUGUUCCAUGGCCCUCCCAGACAUCCCCAGCCUGUUGUCAGGGUCACAGGAGCACGUCCAGCCCCCAGACAUCACCAGCACCCUGGGGCAACUAGACCUCCCGCCGGACCUCCCUGACCUACCCCGGGUGUCUGCAGAGGACAGGGAUAGGGAGCAGAGACCAGCAGACAUCCUAGACCAGGAUCCCCUCACAGACAAGCCGGCUGGCUCCUCUGACCCGGGGCCUACAAAACCCCCACGGCAGUUCACUGUAGAGCCUGACAUUGUGGCCAGCACCAAGAAACCUCCGCCUUCACGCCCACCCCCUCCCAGCGGAGCUGCUCCUCCACGGCCACCACCCCCAUCCCGGCCUGCUUUACCCCUCAGCAAGAAGUCCCAGGAGUGUAUAAGGCCAGCAGGACUGGAAGGGGAGCUGGAGGAGCCAUGUGGCCUGGUGUCUCCCAGCAGCACAGUGAGGAGCAUCACCAAGGAUCUGCAGCACUCUUUGGACCUCGCUAGCGCCACCAGUGGGGACAAGGUUGUCACAGCACAGGAGAAUGAGGAUGAGCAGGCAUCCAGUCCCAUUGGCGACCCUCUAGGUCCUCAGCGUCCACGAUCCAACUCUGGCAGAGAGCUGACUGAUGAGGAGAUCCUGGCGAGUGUGAUGAUCAAGAAUCUGGACACAGGUGAGGAGAUCCCUCUCAUCCAGGCAGAGGAGAAGCUUCCCACAGGGAUCAACCCACUCACAUUACACAUCAUGAGGAGGACGAAGGAGUACAUCACGAAUGACGCAGCACAGUCAGAUGAUGAUGACAAGGCCCAGGCUCCAUUGACCGACUCUGACGGAGGGAAGCUGAAACAGAAAACCACUCAACUGAAGAAGUUCCUGGGCAAGUCUGUGAAGAGGGCCAAGCAUCUGGCUGAAGAGUAUGGUGAGAAGGCCGUCAACAAGGUGAAGAGUGUCCGUGAUGAAGUGUUUCACAACGACCAGGAUGACCCGUCUUCCAGUGAUGAUGAGGGGAUGCCCUACACCCGGCCUGUCAAGUUCAAGGCAGCCCACAGCUUCAAGGGUCCCUUUGACUUUGAUCAGGUCAAGGUGGUCCAGGACCUGAGUGGAGAGCACAUGGGUGCAGUGUGGACCAUGAAGUUCUCACACUGUGGGAGGUUGUUGGCAACAGCAGGCCAGGACAACGUGGUGCGAAUCUGGGUUCUGAAAAAUGCCUUUGACUACUUCAACAACAUGAGGAUAAAGUACAACACUGAAGGUCGUGUGUCGCCCUCUCCCUCUCAGGAAAGCCUGUGUUCCUCUAAAUCAGACACGGACGGUGGGGUGAGUAAGAUGAGCAGUGUUCCUGAAGACCCUGAUUCAGAGGACAAGAAUCUCCCCUUCCGCCAAGUCCCCUUUUGCAAGUACAAGGGUCAUACGGCUGACCUGCUGGACUUGUCCUGGUCAAAGAACUACUUCUUACUUUCCUCGUCAAUGGAUAAGACGGUCCGACUGUGGCACAUAUCCAGGAGAGAGUGUCUAUGCUGCUUUCAGCAUAUUGACUUCGUCACAGCCAUCGCUUUCCAUCCCAGAGAUGACCGGUACUUCCUGAGUGGCUCUCUGGAUGGGAAGCUGCGUCUGUGGAACAUCCCAGACAAGAAGGUGGCUCUGUGGAACGAGGUGGACGGACAAACACGCCUCAUCACUGCUGCCAACUUCUGCCAGAAUGGGAAGUACGCUGUCAUCGGCACCUACGAUGGCCGCUGCAUCUUCUACGACACUGAGCGCCUUAAAUACCACACCCAGAUCCACGUACGGUCGACUAGAGGCAGGAAUCGAGUAGGACGGAAAAUCACAGGAAUCGAGCCUCUGCCUGGAGAGAACAAGAUUCUAGUGACCUCCAAUGACUCCAGGAUCCGCCUGUAUGACCUGCGGGACCUGUCUUUGUCCAUGAAGUACAAGGGUUACGUCAACAGCAGUAGUCAGAUCAAAGCCAGCUUCAGCCAUGAUUACUCAUUCAUUGUGAGUGGCUCAGAGGAUAAGUACGUGUACAUCUGGAGCACCUACCAUGACCUGAGCAAGUUCACCUCUGUACGACGAGACCGCAAUGACUUCUGGGAGGGAAUUAAAGCCCACAAUGCAGUAGUGACAUCAGCUAUUUUUGCACCCCAUCCUAACCUGAUUGUCCCCCAGGAGGCGGGGGCAGAGAAAGCAGGGGCUGGGGCAGAUGCAGAGUGUAAGAGCUUGGACUCUACUGACUCUGAGACCAUUCCCUCAGGGGCUCUGAAGACUGAUCAUACAGAGGUUCUGCUCUCUGCUGACUUCACUGGCGCCAUUAAGGUUUUUAUCAAUGUAAAAAAGUACUGAGCACUUCAUCCUGAACCCUUCCUGAUCUGGCCGUCAGUGUACAGUCCUUCAAUGGAGGCAGAGCAACCCGCUGCCCUGCCAACGCUUCUAAAACCGGCCAAUUGCCUACGGGUGAGUGAUCCGGGAGGAGUUCUCCUCCGGAGAACAGGGACCCUGCAGUAGAGGAUGAGGGGAAGGUGGAGGAAGUGAACUGUAGGUGGAGGAAGCAGCUCACGGAUGUCCUGUCACACUUUUUUUGUUUAACACAAAGAACCAGUGUGCAAAGCAGGACUGGUAACUGAGGGAUGGAUGAUUAAAAUACACUAAUGUAAGCUAUUUGUCAGAGUGUAAGGGGUACGCUGUCUUACUCUUACUGCGUUUCUAGUACCCCCGCGCUCCUCCUUGCCAGGAAUGACGGUCUUAAAUGUGUUAACUAAGCACUAACUCCAAUCAUUACGGUUGUAAAUGUUCAUUCAUCUGUCAGUGUGUAAUGAAUAAAAUUGAACCACUUUUUUUUUUUUUUUACAUUGUUUAUGAUUCACUUAAUAAAGUAAACGGUAUUCUCGUUUAAAGUGA